AUGUCAUUUAAUUAUUUAAACACAUUUGAAUUACCACAACAUAUAAUGAAUUCAUCAGAGAACGGUGUAUUUUUACUGCACGGUUUCAGUGAUAGCUCUAAAAAAGCUUAUACCGCUGUUGUCUAUAUCGUUUCCACUCAAGAACAUUCAACACUCAUGUUGCUGACAGCAAAAACUCGAGUUACACUAAUUAAGAAAAUGACCAUUCCAAGGUUGGAAUUAUGCGGUGCGUUACUACUUGCUGAGCUUACUAACGCAAUCAAUUAACAUUAACAUACAAUCACUAAACUUGUGGACAGAUUUAAUUGUUACAUUGAAUUGGUAGCGAUCCAGCUAAAUGAUUGACAUUUAUCUCAAAUAGAGGAAUCCAAGAUACAAAACUUGACGCCAUCAACUGUUUGGCGAUACAUUUCAUCUGCGACAGACGUUGCCUCAAGAGGUUCGAGCGGCCAAGAGCUUACAACUAA